AUGUUCCAAAGGGUGCUAAACGGGACCCUAAAAAUAAGCGAGAAAGAGCCGCCAGGUGGCACCCCUGUCGUCCAUGCGCAUAAGAGGGACCACGACUCCACGGCCCCGUCGGGUGUGAAACGGGAUGAACGGUUCUUGGCCCCGCCCCCGCCGUUCUCAUCUAGUGCAGUCGACACGGUCGCGGCUGGACACUUGCAAUUGCCCUCCUUCCUGGGCGAGAACAAGACGAACAACAGGACCACCAUAUCCGUCAAAUCUCCAUGUUACCAUUUAGCCGUCCGUCCAACAGUCCAGCGGCCCAGCACCACCUCCCCUGUAAGCAAGCCAACAAACAAGCGUCCUCGUACUGAAUACCAAUUCGUCGGGUUUCUGGGGCUUUGCGGAAUCUUUCUGUUAGCCCAGCCCAGGAAGAGCACGGGAUCUAAAUCCUUGUCACGACGGCAGGAUCAGGGGGAAAGGGCUUCCACGUACAACCCAUACGCCUCUACGACCUGCGAACUUCUUGAUAUCCCGGCCGAGAUUGGCGUACAGCCUCAGCGCCGCGCAUGUGUACAUUCUCGUACCCUCCACGUGGCAGUGCUUCGGCGAACCCACUACAGUGAGAAAAGCGCUUCACAUGCCAACGAAGACGUCGACGGGGAGGCCGGCGAGAACGCCGUCUUCCGUGUCUGCUGUGCUGCCGACUUCGCAACAAUCCGCUCGGCUCUGGAUUUCUCUGGCUACGCCUCCAAGCCUAAUCAUCCCACAUCAGAAACUUGGUCAUAUACGCGGCACGGCGGGACAUUACGCACCGGGGCGGCCAGGACAAGGUUGAACGAGCAGUGGAUCGCCAGUGCCUCUGAAGUUUAG